AUGCCUUCUACUACACACUCAGAGUUUGGAGCUCAGACCGAGGCAGUCGAUGUCGCCAAAGCUUUUGCGGGUAGUAUUCGUGGAAAGACUAUUCUCAUCACCGGUGUUAACCGUGCUGGAAUUGGAUUCUCGACUGCUCAUGCCUUUUCCACUCAAGAGCCUGCUCUUAUCAUUGUCGCCACCCGUAACCCUUCCAAAGCACAAGACAGCAUAGCUGCACUUAAAGCUGAAUUCCCGACUGUCAACUACCGCUUUCUAGAGGUAGACCUCUCCAGUCAGACGUCUGUUCGAAAGGCAGCCGAAAAGGUCCUCUCAUGGUCUGAUGUCCCGACUAUUGAUCUAGUCAUCAACAGUGCUGCCGUGAUGGGUAUCCAGGAACGCACCCUAACUGAAGACGGACUCGAGAUACACCUCGCUACAAACCAUAUCGGACACUGGCUUUUCACCUGCCUCAUCAUGCCCAAGCUCAUCAAGGCAGCAGAGGGCAAACCAAAAGGAUCAGUCAGAAUCGUCAACAUCACUUCUGCUUCCCCAAUGACAUCCAGUAUGCGCUGGAGUGAUAUGAACUUUGACAAAAAGAACAAAGACCUUCCCAAGGAAGAACAGCCAGUAUAUCAAAUCAUGAAACUCUGGGGCUACGAAAACCCCGAGGAUGCAAGUUAUCUGCCUUUAAACGGAUACGACCGCAGCAAAGUUGCCAACGUACUUUUUAGCAUUGGCGCAACCAAGCGACUCUUCAACAAGUAUGGGAUCUUGUCGGUUUCUGCUCACCCAGGUGUAAUCUGGGGAACCGAGCUCGCGAGACACUUUCCACAGGAUACCAUCGACGCAGCGAUGAAGCUUUGUGAGGCUGGACUUUAUAGUUUGAAAUCAUUGGAGGCUGGAGCUUCUACGGGUCUGAUCGCAGCGUUGGAUCCAAAGUUGGCUGUGGGUGUUGGAGAGGGGGAUGAUAACCAUGGUGCGUACCUAGCAGACUGUCAGAUCAGCGAUAAAGCAAGUCGACUCGCUGUUUCGAGUAGUGAGGGUGAGAAAUUGUGGGAGUUUUCGGAAAAGGUUACUGGAAGCGUGUUUGAGUGGUGA